GAACCCAGUACCUACCAGCCUUAAGUUCGAUAACUUAACCACAACACCACCGAGGCCAGCGACACUAAAAUAUAUUAAACUUUUAUCUACCGGUAAAACAUACUAGACCCAAAUAUUCUUUAAACGCUUUAUCACUGGCCUAUAGGAUACCAUAUCACAAAUCUUUGUGUAUUAUUCGGAUUAGAAUAUCUUACAAAGAUUUGUAUUUGUAGUGGAUUAAAUUAAUCUUGUAAUUAACCACAUAACUGCUAACAGGUCUAUCUCUCUACCUGUUUGGCAGGGAAGAGCGCAAAGUGUCGUUUAUCUCACGAGGGAAGCCAGCAAUUAACACUUUAAACCGCCGGGCCAAUUAUCUCAAACAACCACACAAUCGCAUCCCCUGUCACAGGACGCAGACACCGCGAGUUAAUCGGCUUUGGGUCUUUAACCGAUAAUCCCUCCGCAUAAAGCACCAAGCCAUUUUUUUUUAAUCCAAAGAUGAAUGAAUAUCUUUUACCAAGUUAAGUGCAUUGCUAAUUAUCAACGUGUCAACUCCAUUUUAUUAGCGACUGACCAAUCGGAAGCCGUGUUGUAUUCCCGUCGUUGUCGUCCAACCAAUAAGAAUGUGUCUUCUUUUUUUAAGGUGACGUCCAUACGACGGAUUUUAUGUAUGACGAGGAAAUAUAUUCAUUAUACAGUAGGCCUACAAGAUAACCAAGAAACGUUGUAUUUUGAAGGAAUUUAUGUUUAAAUGUGAGGAUGUUAAGAGGAUCUGGACUUUCAAGUCUUUAUGCCUCUCCGACGGACCACCCUCACCCGUGGUUGAAGCUGCAGCACAACAUAAUGGCGGAACAUUACAAAGCUUUCAAGUCGUUUGUCAUGAGUUCAUCAACACUGAGCAGCAUGCUACAGAACCAACAGGUCGAGAGAAUGGUCGCCACCCGACGACCGCACCAUUCAAAACGAUACCUGGUCUGUCCGUCAAAACCUCUGUCCUUCCUGAACCCCAAAGAAGAUGACUUAGAAAGGCUGACUUCAGACGAAUCCCCAAUCACGUCCGGCGAAUCUCUGAUCACUUCUGGUGGGUCCUUGUUAUGUGAGCAUCCGAUGACGCCUGUGGUAUCUUUCAGUGACGUCUGCCUUGGGGAAAACUUCUCUUUAUUUGAGGAGGUCAAAAUAGAAGAAGCAGACGAUAAAGAAUCGACCAUUUCCCAAAAGCAGACGAUAUCUUCUGUAGCUCCGGUUCAAGCCAGUGUAGUGUCCUCAUCCGAAGGGAAAUCGAGUGGAUUAAGAGAUGUUUCUGUAGACGAAAGCGGAUGUUACGUUACCAAGCUGCAGUCACGUGAAUCUGACGUCAUGUGGUCAUGCUACAGCAGCGACGCAGCCGUCAGUUCCAGUACUUAUUCAGAGGACAGAUCGCAACACUCGCCACCAGAAAGUAGUCUGAUCUCUGUAAAAGAUGUCGCUAAGUAUCUCUCGGAAACCCCUCCCCAGAACAACAGAUUAAACGAUUUUUCGCAACAGGACAUACAACGCUUAAACAGACAUUUUCGACACCCAGCGCAAAUAAACCAAACACCGAAUCCUGGUCGAUCGCAAAGUCUGUCGCAGAUAAACCAGCAGAAUUUGGAGAAUGAUGAAUCAAGGAUGCCAGAAGCGCUGGAUCUGUCUCGUCCAAAGUCAAAGAAUGACCGGAUACAAGACGAAAACACGAAACCAGGAAAACGACGCCGCGUUUUAAAAAGCAAAAAGAAAUGUAAGAAUGACAUACAAGAACAGGUUGUUGCCAUAGAUUUUUCACUGAAGAGUCACUCUAAGCUGGGAACUGAUAGCAAGGGCUUUACACCCGAGACAUACGGCAUUAAGAGCUUAACGACAUCUACCAACAACGGAAAAGCAGACGAUAAUUCUAGUGUGUUAUGUGGCAUACAAAAUGGUGUUAAAGCAAAUGGCAGAUAUAAGAAGUUGUGUGACAUCCAAAAUGGUGUACAAAAAAAGGCAAGUGGCAAAUAUAAGGAGUUGUGUGGCACGGAGAAUGGUGUUAGAGCAAAUGGUGAUUACACGGAGUUGCUUCAGCUUCAAAACAAUGGAAAUACAGACAUUCUGUGUAACACAGGAAUUCUUGCAAAGAACCCGAAGACAUCGCGCAAAACAGCUAUGUCAGUUCUGGCAGAAAGAGGCCAGCUUACAUUGGAUCAUACGGAGAGAUUUAACAAAGGAUUAGAAAGCACAGCUGCGGUUAUACCACCACCACCCGUGACGAACGGUAAAGCUAAAACUCAUGCCUGUAAAUUCUGUGGAAAGCUGUUCGCCCAGAGAUCGUCCGUGCACACGCACGAGAGAACGCACACCGGCGUGCGUCCGUACAAGUGUGAGUACUGUGGGCGGGAUUUCAUCGAUUGCUCCACCUACACGAAGCACGUGAGGCUCCAUACGGGAGAACGCCCAUACUCGUGUGACGUUUGUGGGCGUGGCUUCUCGCAGUCCGGAAACAUGCUACGACACAAGGCGGCGCGUCAUCCGGAAAUUCAGAAAGUCACUUCCGGUUUGAAGAAUAUUAAGACUCAAUCAGUCCAGUAAUGAUAUUUACUUGAUUUGCCAGUUCCAU